AUGGCCCUUGUGCAGAGCUCUGUGGAGACGGGGCUGCCCUCGGGGGCUCCCCCAGCUCCCAGCAGAGGCCCCUGGCUGGGUGCAGAACUGGGCCCCAACACGACCACCUCACCCUCUGGCAACGCGACCACCUCGCCCCCAGGCAACGCAACCACCCCGCCCCCUGGCAACACAACCACCCCACCCCCCGGCAACACGACCACCCUGCCCUCCAGCAACACAACCACCCCACCCCCCGGCAACGCAACCACCCCGCCCCCAACCAACGCAACCACCCCGCCCCCCAGUAACGCGACCAUCCCGCCCCCCAGCAACACAACCACCCUGCCCCCCGGCAACAGGACCACUACACCCUCAAACAACACAACCACCCCACCCCCCGGCAACACGACUACCCUGCCCUCCAGCAACACAACCACCCCACCCCCCGGCAACGCAACCACCCCGCCUCCAACCAACGCAACCACCCCGCCCCCCAGUAACACGACCAUCCCGCCCCCCAGCAACACAACCACCCCGCCCCCUGGCAACAGGACCACUACACCCUCAAACAACACGACCACCCAGCCCCCUGGCAACACGACCACGCUUCCCCUCAACACGACCACCCCGCCCGCCGGCAAUGCAACCACACCGCCCCCAACCAACGCGACCACCCCGCCCCCCGGCAACACGACCACUCCACCCUCAAACAACACGACCACCCCGCACCGCGGCAACAUGACCACCCCACCCCCCAGCAACACGACCACCCCGCCCCCCAGCAACGCGACUACCCCACCCCCCGGCAGUACAACCACCCCGCCCCUCAACACGACCACCCCGCCCCCCGGCAAAACAACCACCGUUCUCCUCAACACAACCACCCCACCCUCAACCAACACGACCACCCCGCCCCCCGUCAACAUGACCACCCCGCUCCCCAGCAACAGGACCAUCCCACCCCCCGGCAACACAACCACCGCACCCCUCAGCACCUCCAUUACGACCCCGGCCCCGAUCCAUUUCUUUCUCUCGUUCCGCAUUGUGAACUGGAACUUCAACGACUCCCUGCUCGACUCCAGCACCAGUUACUACAAGGAUUUAUAUUCCAAAAUCCAGAUCAUGUACGUCAAUAUCUACGGCUGCCCAACGUGCCCGAAUGGGCAGAACUACCUGGGAUUCACUGAUCUGCGUUUCAGCCAGGGGUCGGUGGUGACUGAGUCUGUCCUGCGGUACCGAGUGAGCGACACCAGCAUCAGCGCCACCGGCCUUGAGCAGCAGCUGACACAAAGGCUGGACGGCCAGAACAGCUUUGAUGGGCUCCAGCUGGACAGUAUCUGCGCCAACUCUGGCAGCUCUCCCCCGGCCACCUCGGCGCCAGCCCCCCUGGUGCCUGGCUGGGGCAUCGCCGUGCUGGUCCUGGUCUGCAUCCUGCUGGUGCUGAGCAUCGUCAUCUUCAUCCUGCUGAUCGUCUCCUUGUGCCGCAGGAGGAACCGUGGGGAGCUGGAUCUGUUCAGCUCACAGGCCUCGUACCAGCCCACAAGCGAGUACCGCAACUACCACACCUACGGGCGCUUCAGCAGCCCUGGCAAGAAGCAGGACCCCUACAAUGACAUCGCCGCCGGCAACGGCACCAACGCCUUCUACGCCAACCCUGCCACGACGUCAUAGGAUCUCUAGGGGCAGCACCCGGGGACCGGCGGGAGCAGAGCUCCCACCAUCGCCAUGUGCUUCCUGCAGCUGGACUCCAGGGUGCCGGGCAGGGCACAGGAGGGAGGGGUUUGGAUUCAGUGUGGCAGGGUGGGGAGGGGGUGACUGCCCCCCCCCUGCAACCCCUGGCCCUGCGGGAGGGGGAGCUGCUCCAGUUCCGAUUGGGCCAUGUGGGGCAAGCAUUAAUGGGGCAAAUUCCUCCCCCGCUCCACAAGGGAGGGCAGAGGGACUGCCCCAUAUAUCCCCCCGCCAACCAGCCAGGGCAGUGCAGAGAGGAGCCCCCCCAUACUGCCCUGAGCUGUGGAUGGUGUGUCUGCCCCGCCCCCCCCCGCAAUCUGGGGAGCCCUCUCUGGCCCAGCUCCCGCGUGUUCCCAAGAGGUGGGAGCGAGUGUUGGAAGGACCCUCCUCUGCCUCCCCACAAUUCCAAACGCCUCCUGCCCCCAAUCACUUGCCAAAUGCCGUAUCCUGCCAUGAGGCCCCCAGUGUGCAGUGUUCAGGUUCCAGGGUCGCGUUUGCCUGCACCGCUGGCCUGGGGCUCUGUUUUUAUACCUGUGAUCUCUAACCACUUGGCUCUGUGACGGCCGCCCCACCGUGACGGGGGGUCACAAUGUCCUUGGGAAGGUCUGUGUUUAUAGUGCUGCACAAUAAAGGGAUCUGUGCUGA